AUGGCACCCAACAAUAAGAACAACGAGAGUUUGCUUUUCCUUUACAUCUGUACUAUGAGCAUCAAGGCCAAUGCAAUCGAUUUCAACCAGGUUGCUGCUGCAACCAACCUGAAGACCGCCGCGGCCCGCAUGCGUUACAUUCGGUUGAAAAACAAGCUUGAUGCUGAGCUGGUCGACGGCAAAUUCGACUUCACCAAGGGAACUGCUGAGGCCACUGAGCCUACCGAGGCUGUCGCUGCUCCUGCAGCCAAAAAGAGACGUGGAGGAAAGCGCAAGAGGACUGAUGCUGGCGAAGAGGAUGCCUAA